AUGGAAACAGCUCCUUUGAUUGUUGCUGCUGCUGUUGUUGUUAUUGUUGCUGGUUGCUGCAUGCUGCUGGAUGUCCGAAGAAAUGCCACCAAAAGAAAUGAGGUCUUCGCGGCUCGCUGUACGGGUCACCGCCGCCGGCCACCCGCUGUCGUUGUUGCUUCUGGAUACAUUGGAACUGCAAAUCCAGGGAGUGAAAUUAUCCAAACAAUCAAUCCCAUCAAAUCAGCGCAGCGAGAGAACUGGAACGUCGCAAAUCCAUGUUGUUUUUGCGCCACUGCUUUAUUAGCUCGGGUCGAAGAAAAAACGGAAUCGACAGUGUUUCAGCUUUGUCGUCUAUCUCCAAUGUGUUCGAUCGCGCAGGUCAUGAGUCCACAGUGUUAA